AGGCAGAUGACUGGUCCCGCGAGAGUUCAGUUCAACCACAAAGAUGACGUUGAAUGUAAGCGACCUUCUGUGUGUGGUCGUGAAACUACACAGCUUUAAGAACAAUACUUCGAGUGUCAAGAAUGUACACAACAGGAGGGAGGAAGCAGUGGUUGUAGAUUCUGCUAUCAAGCUCAUUGGAUCCAUGUGACUAAUCCUGUAGCUGCAUGAAAUACAGGAUGUCGUACCACUGUGUGGCAUACGGAUGUGGCAAAACUGAAGAAGAUGAUGUGACGCUGUAUAAAUUCCCCAGAGAUGCUGACGAGUUUCGCAAAUGGGAGAAGCAGGUUCAGCGUACUCGCAGCGACUGGGUUGCCUCACCCAACAGUCACCUCUGCAGUGAGCAUUUUGGUAAAGACUACUUUGAGCCAAAGUCAUCAUUGGGGGUUCUGAAGCUACGCCCUGGAGCUGUUCCGACUGUGUUUCUCCGCCCGCACUGCUCCUCCUGCGAUGGCACUGGCUGUAAUAAUUGCCAGCCUCCUAUCCGGCACAGGAACAUUGUUACAGAACCACAUGAAUCUGACAUUACAACAAAAUGUAGUGAAAUAGCGCCGUCGAUGGCACAUGGUACAGAGGGAGGAAGUGAUGAUGAACAACACAAAAGAAGACCAGGAGUGCACACCUAUUCAUCAAAGUCCAGAAGGUCCGCCAUACUGGCACACCUGCAGGAAAAGCCCAUAUCAAAAAAGGUGUUGCACAAAGUGAAAAAAGCUCCUCCAGCAGCACUGGAUGUGUCUCUUCGUUCUGUAGCACCUGCUGCGGGUUUUGAGUGGGGCGCCUACUUGGACAAGGAAACAUCUCUGGGUGCAUCCGUCUCCUGCUUCAGUCAUGCUCCCAUGUGUUCCCAGUGGGAUGACAUCACUGUUGGGACAAAAGUAGAGGUCUUGAACACCAAUGCAGUCCUGCCCAGUAAAGUUUAUUGGAUCGCUACUAUCAUUCAAAUGGCAGGUAGCUGCAUGAAAUACAGGAUGUCGUACCACUGUGUGGCAUACGGAUGUGGCAAAACUGAAGAAGAUGAUGUGACGCUGUAUAAAUUCCCCAGAGAUGCUGACGAGUUUCGCAAAUGGGAGAAGCAGGUUCAGCGUACUCGCAGCGACUGGGUUGCCUCACCCAACAGUCACCUCUGCAGUGAGCAUUUUGGUAAAGACUACUUUGAGCCAAAGUCAUCAUUGGGGGUUCUGAAGCUACGCCCUGGAGCUGUUCCGACUGUGUUUCUCCGCCCGCACUGCUCCUCCUGCGAUGGCACUGGCUGUAAUAAUUGCCAGCCUCCUAUCCGGCACAGGAACAUUGUUACAGAACCACAUGAAUCUGACAUUACAACAAAAUGUAGUGAAAUAGCGCCGUCGAUGGCACAUGGUACAGAGGGAGGAAGUGAUGAUGAACAACACAAAAGAAGACCAGGAGUGCACACCUAUUCAUCAAAGUCCAGAAGGUCCGCCAUACUGGCACACCUGCAGGAAAAGCCCAUAUCAAAAAAGGUGUUGCACAAAGUGAAAAAAGCUCCUCCAGCAGCACUGGAUGUGUCUCUUCGUUCUGUAGCACCUGCUGCGGGUUUUGAGUGGGGCGCCUACUUGGACAAGGAAACAUCUCUGGGUGCAUCCGUCUCCUGCUUCAGUCAUGCUCCCAUGUGUUCCCAGUGGGAUGACAUCACUGUUGGGACAAAAGUAGAGGUCUUGAACACCAAUGCAGUCCUGCCCAGUAAAGUUUAUUGGAUCGCUACUAUCAUUCAAAUGGCAGGAUACAAAGCCUUGUUGCGAUAUGAGGGCUUCGAGCAUGACAGCAGCCGCGAUUUCUGGUGCAGUCUCGUUUCAGGCGAGCUGCACCCCAUCGGGUGGUGCGCCAUGACCAGCAAGCUGCUGGUGCCUCCACAAGAUGUGACCAACAUCCCAGACUGGAAAGAGUAUCUGAUGAAAAAGUUGGUGGGGGCUCACACAGUACCUGUUGAAUUCUACCUGAAGUCUGCAGAGAAGCACUCCUUCAGGGUGGGCAUGCGUGUGGAGGUCGUGGACCCCAAACAUGUCAGCCGGACACGCAAAGCAGUCAUACACUCCAUUAUUGGGGGACGGCUGCAGCUGGUGUACAUGGACCAGAGCGACUCCCCUGAAAACGUAAUUUCAGAUUUCUGGUGCCACAUGUCGAGUCCUCUCCUGCACCCGAUUGGUUGGUCCAAAAAAGUGGGUCAUGAAGUCAAAGCACCUAGAAAUGGUGGGGAAGGUGCAGCCACUGGUUGGAAGGGUAAAUGUAACAGUACCUUCCAACUCUUUAAAAAGCCUAGGUUUGUCUACAUGGACGGAGGUUUCUUUGAGGAAGGAAUGAAGCUGGAGGCUAUCGACCCUCUGAACCUGGGCAGCAUCUGUGUGGCAACUGUACACAAGGUGCUGUCAGAUGGCUACUUGAUGGUCAGUAUCGACGGCGCGGUGUCGCUCAACGGCUCCGACAAGUUUUGCUACCAUGCCUCCUCUCAUGCAAUUCUUCCUAAAGGUUUCUGCAAAAAGAAUGACAUCCCUCUCACUGUGCCACAGGGUUAUGACCCCAACACUUUCACCUGGGAAAAUUACCUGAGUGAGACCAAAGCCAAAGCUGCACCACCACAACUGUUCAACACUGACUACCCGGGGCAUGGCUUCUCUCCCAACAUGAAGCUAGAGGCGGUUGACCUGAUGGAGCCACGUCUGGUGUGCGUGGCCACCGUGAAACGCUGCGUUGGACGCCUGCUCCUCAUCCACUUUGAUGGCUGGGAAGAUCACUUUGACCAGUGGGUCGACCACCAGUCCCCCGACAUCUACCCUGUUGGAUGGUGUGAGCUCACGGGCUACCAGCUCCAGCCUCCUCCUGGACUGGUCGAAGUCGCCGAAAAGCAGACGGCACAGGCCAAGAAACAAAAGCCACCUUUGUACGGGAAAAAGAAACGAAGGAAGAGGAGAUUGUACGCUCGUGGUCAGUCAAAAGAGGACGAUGUCGGCAAUGAUGGUGAUAAUGACGAUGAUGACGAUCAACGACAGCAGCCUUCAAGCAAUGUGACUGUCCAACCUCUGUUACCGUUGGACUUGUCUUUCACUACAGAGGAACCCCUUGUUCAACCCAAAGUGGAACCAGAGGAGCUGGAGAUCAGUGCAGUGGAAGUAAAAGUGGAGGAGGUGGAGAUGGAGACCCCAAUCUCCAGUCAAGCUCCGGUAUACAAUGAGGUGGCACGGAAGACAUGAGAAAAAUGGUUCUAAAAUGAUGAGAACUGAAGAAAAGGUGAACUGUCUUGACUGGUGUGUUUUAAAAAAAAAAAAAAAAAAGCGAUGCACAUUUUAUCCUGUAUUGUUGUAGAAAACAGUAAAACUACCUCAUUUUGUCUUUUAGUGCAGCUGUGGUUGCUUUUUAAAUCAGUCAUCAUGAUCGGUGUCAAUACAAUCCAGUGUAUGCAUGAUGACAUUUUAACAUCUUAUUUUUAAACACAUUUUUGUACUUAAGCUUUGCAAAAAAACAAAAAAAAACAUGCCUAACUUUUGUCAAGUGGUUACCAGUUGGUUACCUGUUCUGAUUAAAGAGCACUGAGAAAAUACUGCAAACAUGAUCAUUUCAGAAUGAAACUACAUUAGCACACAGCAGGCUCACGCCAUGCUGCGUUGCUUGCUUUUCUUUGCAGCUUUAACCUUUGGGUUCUUGCGAAUUUUGGAUUUGGGUUUGGGCAUCAUGCCC